UGCAAGGUGUCUGAAUGAGCCCGUUUCCCACAUGAGGGUACAUUUGGAGGGUAGAAAGAUACCGCUUACCUGAGGCACCAGUCGCCACCUGAUUUGAAUGUCGUGUACACACACACACUCACGUCAGGCCGUGAAAGAGAGAGGACGAAACGCGGAACAGCAAGGAUGAAGAGGUUGCCAAUACUGGCCCUGCUGCUGUGGGUUUGUGCCCUGUUCUACGUGGGCAUCUUUCUCUUCGUGGGCGGCUUCCUCCUGGUCCGUCUGGAGGUGAACCGGACCAGUACCUGUGAGGAUGUCCUGCUACCAUCAUCAUCAUCAUCAUCAUCAUCAUCAUCCUCGGCUUCGUCGCAGGCAGACUUCUGUCGUGCCCAGCCUCGCUUCCGCCGAGCCGUGGUACUCGUCAUCGACGCGCUGAAGUCUGACUUCGCCCGUUACGACCCCUCAAACCUUUCCCCGCGCCCGUACGAGAACAAGCUGCCCGUACUGGACGAGCUGGCGAGGUCCAGGCCCGGCCACACGGGGCUCUUCACCUUCCAGGCCGACCCGCCCACCACCACCAUGCAGCGCAUCAAGGGCUUCACCACCGGCUCCCUGCCCACCUUCAUCGACGUGGGGAACAACUUCGCCUCCAGCGCCAUCCUGGAGGACAACCUCAUCCACCAGCUGGGGCAGGCAGGGAAACGCGUGGUGUUCAUGGGCGACGACACUUGGGAGAACCUCUUCCCCAAGAAGUUCCACCGCUCCCUGCCCUUCCCCUCCUUCAACGUGAAGGACCUGCACACCGUGGAUAACGGCAUCCUGCAACACAUCUACCCAGCCAUGAAGGGGGGUGACUGGGAUGUCCUGAUUGCUCACUUCCUGGGUGUGGACCACUGUGGUCAUCGAUAUGGCCCUGACCAUCCGGCCAUGGCCGACAAGCUCACCCAGAUGAACGACGUCAUCAGGUCAGUAGUGGAGCAUCUUGAGAAUGACACGCUGCUGGUUGUCAUGGGUGACCAUGGGAUGACUGAUACGGGUGACCAUGGAGGAGAGAGUGCCAAGGAGACAGAGGCGGCCCUCUUCCUCUACAGCCACUCACCUCUCUUUCCCAACCCACAGACUAAGGAGGACCCCAGUGUGGUGCCGCAGACGGACCUGGUUCCCACCCUGGCUCUCCUGCUGGGUAUCCCCAUCCCCUACAGCAGCGUGGGGCAGGUUCUACUGCCCCUCUUCCCCCUCCCCGGCCAGGCACCGGGGCAAGGAGGAGGCCCCGAUCAGGCAGAGGCUCUCUGGGUCAACGCCAAACAGGUGAACCGUUUCCUGGAGACCUACUCCAGCAUGGCCAAAGACAUUCCCCCCGACCGCCUGGUUGACCUCCGCUCCGCCUUCGCCCGCGUGUCCGCCGCCUACCUGGCCUCCCUCCAGCAGGGGGAGCCGGCGUCCCCAGAGCUGCUGCGCUCCAUGCAGGCCUACCUGACCUCCGUCCGGGACACCUGCCGCGCCUCCUGGGCCCGCUUCCACCCCCUCAAGAUGGCCGCCGGGCUGGUUCUUCUGGCCGGGGCGUGCUUGCUCUGCUAUGUGCUGUCCGAGCUGUCUUCAGCGGUGUUGUCGGUAGAGGGAGGCGUGCUGAGGACGCCCCUGGUGGCGGGAGCAGGUGUUGCGCUGUGUGUCGGCGCGGCACAGCUGGCAUCGUUGGGCUACGUGGACGUGCCCUGGUGCUUGGCAGCUGCCGCGGCCUCCUCUGAGGUCCUCUUCUUGUGGAGGAACUGCAGACGCUCCCUUCGCUCCUCCUCCUCCUCCUCCUCUUCCUCUUCUCAUAAAGGCCGUGUGUUGGCCGCCGCUCCACGCCGGAGCCUGCUGAGCGCCGCCCUGGUGGCGGUGCUGCUGCGCUGCGCCUCGCUGCUCUCGGACAGCUACGUGAUCGCGGAGGGCCGCGCCGUCACCUUCCUGCUCUGUUCCCUAGGCCUCUACGUGCCCCUGCGCCUCAACUGGGACGGCCUGCUCGUGCCCCCUCCAGCCCCGGACACCCAGAAACCCCCGGGGGCCCUGUCCGCCCCUGUCCUCCCGGCGUGGGUGGUGCGUCGCGAGGGGGCGGCGCUGUGUCUCAGCCUAGCCAUCCUGAUUGGCUCGCUCUACCUGUCGUUAGGUCUUCACGCGUGCAGAGAAGAACAGGGAGCUGCAUGCCAGCCGUCGCCAUUCCUCUCUCCAUUAGCGCGUAUUCAGGACGGUCGACUGCGCAACAUGCACUACCUGUUAUCUGUGGUGGCGUUGGCGGGCUGGGCGUACCUGCUGCACCGCUGGCUGCGUCACUACGGGAACCUGAACGCGGUGGGCGUGCCGGCGGUGGUGGCGGCGCGAUGGCUGCUCCCGGCAGCGUUCGUCUUGGCGGCGCUGCACUGGGCCGUGGGGUCUGUGCCGUUGGAGGCGGAGGGACAGGAGCACACGCCCUUCCGCGGCCUGGCAGACCUCAUCCGGCUGGCACAGUCUGCUAUGCCCCGGGCCGCCUAUGUAGUGCUGGGCCUGGGGGCUGCCCUGGUGUGGCUGGACCCCCUCACCGUGUUCCUGAAGCACCGGGCCCCAGCCUCCCACUCCAACCCCCACCGCUCCUCCUCUGCCUCCGCACCCCCACCGCCGCCCCGCUACCGGGCCAGCAUCGGCAUUAGUCCCCAGGCAGAGCUGCACCACCUCAUCCCCCAGCUGUACCAGCGCAUCCGCCGCUCCCUGGAGGACGGCCCCGCGGAGGCUGCAGGAUCAGGGGCCGGCGGCGAGGACGGCCGGCCCGCCGUGGAGGCCUACGGCCUGGGCACGGUGUACUCGGCUCCCCUGGUGCUGUUCGGAGGCCUGCUGGGCGUGGGGCUGCUGCUGCUGCACCCGGAGAGCAUGGCCCCUGCCUUCCUACUGCUGCUGCUGGAGGCUGCUGCCCUGCUGCACAUCCACGCCGCCUGCGCUACCCUCUACAGCCAGCAGGGGGACUACUCCAAGUCGUUCAGUGUGCCCUGGACUCCGGUGGUGCUGUGGUCCCUGGCGGCGACGCAGUUCUUCCACGCCACGGGCCACCUGCCCACCUUCCCCUCGCUGCAGUGGGGCGCUGCGUUCGUGGGCUUCCCCGAGGGCCACACGGGCACCCUGCUGCCUGCCACCAUGGUCACCCUCAACACCUUCUCCUCACACAUACUCUUCGCACUGGCAUGCCCCCUAUUGCUAUUUUGGCCGCUGGUGCGAGAGGUGCGCUGGAGUAAGAGUGGGCGGUCCUCUAUGGGGGAGGAGUCAGAAGACGUUGUCAUGGAGAUGAGGCUGAGAGAGAACCCCCAGCAGUUUAGCUCCGCCCUCCUCCAGCUGGCUCUUCGAUACCUCCUCGUCACCGGAGCACAGGUCUUUGCAUCAGUGUGUGCUGCGGCCAUUCUCAGGAGACAUCUGAUGGUGUGGCAGGUGUUUGCACCCAAGUUGAUGUUCGAGGCCAGUGGGUUUCUGGUCGGCAGUGUGGCUCUGUUGUUGGGCGUGACUCUGAUCCUGAGGGUGGACGUGGCCGUGUGCAGCUGGUUUAAGAGAUUGCUGCCCGACAACUCCAGGUAACACUGCCUACAAGUCCCACAAUGCAACAGCAACCCCAUUGCUUUUCAACCCUGGAGCUCUGCCAUUGGGACAUCUCAGAAGCACCCGGAAUUCCAUGGUUGCCAUGGGGAUUGGUUGCAACCCAGACUUUUUUUUUAACUGCCUUUCAGGACCAACUGAAGAAGAAGGGGAUUGAACAUGUUUUUUUUGUUUUUUCUACUUGGGCAGCAAUGGUGUUUUUUUUCCUCUUCAUCUGCCUCAUGCCCUACAGACAACGGUUGCUGGAAGUUUUGAUUUGGAAGGAAAAGCAACGUGAUGAACUUACAGUAGUCUGCUGCUCCAGAACGCUACAUGUCAUACGUCCUCUUUUUAAAAAAGACUCUUUCUUACUGAAAAGUCAAACUCUGAAAACCAUUGAGCCAUUUCAAAGUUGGGAGUUGCACUGCCCCCUUUUUCAAAGCAGACACUAACACACCGUUUGUUAUUGUCAUUUUUCUUUUUUAUGAAAAAAGAGAGAAUCGAGAGAUACUAUAUGAUGUCGUAUCCACUCUGCACUACUUGCCAUUUUUAUGCCAGCAGAAGUCGGUCGGUGUGUGUGUGUUUGUGCGCUAUGACACUGAAGGGCUAGGUGCUACUUGGUGCCUACUACUGUUAGAUACACUCGUACAUGUGCACACACUCUAUCUGAGGAGAAAAUUGCUGACUGAAGAGGCACACACUUUCACACAAACACUUUUUCUAUUCCUGGAUGGAUGGAUGAAUGGAUAUAUAUGGAUGGAUGAAUGAAUGAAUAAAUAAGUACGCUGAGUCUUCUUGCAUGCAAAUUUCGUCUGUUACGGUGUUCAACGUAUGGGAAGGGAAAACCUCAUCAAUCUGCAUGCACUUUUAAGAUUAAUUAUUUUCGUCCUCAGCAAUAAUCAAAGGCGCCCUUUCUCACUCACCUACCUACAGGUACUUACUUCAUACUUAGGUACUUACACUGUAGGUGACUGGGAGCAUCCCUCUGUCUCUACUGAUUAAAAAGUAUGUGUCUUAAAUAGGGUUGCAAAAAGGGGUGGAAAAUUCCUGAAAAGUUUCCGCAAAAAAUUGGAUGAACCCAUUGGCUGAAAUAUGUUGCUUCGGUCAUCUGUAUAUGUUGUCUAAGAAAAGUUCCUUGAGGGGAUUUAACUUGAUUCCGAUAAAUUUGAUGAUUUUAGCCAAGAUUAUGGUACAAUGUGUUUUUUUAUCCACUAUACUGAAAUCAAUUUUGAUAAUUCCCGGUUUAUUCCCUAACAUUUCUGUUAAUUCCACAAAAUUCCCGAAUAUUCUGGAAGGUUUCCACCUUUGAAAAUUCCUGUAAUUUUGCAACCCUAGUCUUUAUUUUUUUCUUCGUUCAGCCAGUCUAUCUCUCACUCUGGUGCUCAACAGGUCAGUAGCUUUAAAGGUGAACUUAAGCACAAUCGAACCUACAUACAGUAUGGUAUUAUUGUUGGAGGUCUUUGCAUGUCAUUGGUAACCUUGGUAGAAAAAGAGGGGGAAAAUGUCACUGUAGACGUGAGACUGGCCAGGCAGCUAAAUAGCUUUCGUAUCAUGGGUGGAAUUUAUUAUAAAAUGAAUUAAAAUGAAAUAAAUGUCCAUCGAUGUUGGACUAGGUUUUAACACAUUGACUGCUACCAGUGUGCAAAGGCCUCAAACAGCAGCAUUCUUGUAGUUGUUGUGAUGUCAGAAUGGAGUGUUUUGGGAGGAAAACAAGGAGAAACUUUUUUUUCACUGAUCUGUGAUGUGCUGAUUGAUUGAAAGUAGAUUAACGAAUAUGUCACUCAUGUGAAUGGCUAGCUUGUUGAUUUUCUCUCCCAAAACAUUGAGUUGCUAAGCGCUAGUAGCAAAGUGCCAGGAUGACCGACUGCAAGAAUGCAUGUUGAACUGUGCGGAAGUUCUCCUUUUAUCACCAUGCCUUGUGUGACGUCCUGAAUGCAAUCUCUCUGCUCCGUCUCUGCCUGCUAAUUACGAUACACUCCCCUGUGGUAAUGUAAAGUGUAUGGUCUAGCGGGCUAUUAUUGAGCAAUCUGGAACCUUCCAGAAGCUACAAUCCAGUGUCAUGAAAUUCAGAAUUGUGUGUUUUUUCCUCUGUUCAAUUGCCCUAUUUGGAGAGGUAAAACGGGUCAUUUGGAAUAUAUGCCACUGGAUUGUAGCUGUUGAAUCCAGGUUGCCCAUCUCAGUCCACUGCUGUCUAUUCUGAUACAUAAAUGGAGCCACAUCGGGCCACAGUGUUUUACACAGCUGAGCCAAUGGUGGCCAACAUUAUACUAGUGUAGGGGGAGAGAGAAGUUUUUUUUUAAUUAUUUUGCUCUCUGUGGUUUUUAUGUGCGUGUGUAAGUGUGCUGGCACUCUUCUUGUAGGAGAUGGAGGGGUGGUGGUGUGUUUUUUGUUUGUUUUU